ACACCGGUUACAGGAGUUCGGACGUUUUUGUGUUAAAUUCUGUCCCUUCAAGCAAAUAACACAGUUUUGUAGGCUUAAAGACCCUAUCUUAUCCUUAUCCCUUUCUCUGGAGAAUGGGGGGCAGCAAGAGGAGCCGAAAAGAGAGAGAAGAAAAGAAAGCUGCCAAACGAUUCAAAGGUGAAGAUCUUGACUAUGAUGAUGAGGGUGACGAGGAAGUGGAUCCAAAUGAUGUCCCGGCUGUUGCAGCAGCCAGGGUUGAAGAAAAAUCCAAUGAAGACGAAUUUGGCGCUAAAGAUUACCGAAAGAUUCUCGAGUUGAAAACCGAUCAUUCAUCCCGUCCCCUUUGGGUGGCUCCUGACGGUCAUAUCUUCUUGGAAUCAUUCAGCCCUGUUUACCGACAUGCUCAUGAUUUCCUUAUUGCCAUCUCAGAGCCAGUCUGUCGACCCGAACAUAUUCAUGAAUAUAAAUUAACCGCAUACUCUCUAUAUGCAGCUGUGUCUGUGGGUUUGCAGACCAACGACAUCAUUGAAUAUCUGCGUCGACUGAACAAGACAACCUUACCUGAUGGCAUUGUCGAAUUCAUCAAGCUUUGUACUAUCAGUUAUGGUAAAGUGAAACUCAUCCUCAAACACAACCAAUAUUUUGUUGAGAGUCAAAUGCCUGAUGUGAUCCAGAAAUUAUUGAAAGAUCCAGUGGUCCAAGACUGUCGCCUUCGAGCUGAAACAGAGGAUCUAGCAUUGACAGUCCUAGAAGGGGCUAACAACCCUGCUACCACCAAUGCUGAGAAAGCAAUUGGUGGUCCCAACAAGUUUCCUGGUGCCCUGAGCAGCUCUGCAGACAAAACAGGAACGGACGGCGCCAGCACAAGUAAUGGCACAGGCACAACACAGGCGUCAGCACAAGAGAACGUACCAGAUGAUAUUUUCAAAUACUUUGAGAAGAUCGAUCAGGAUGAUGAGGAAGAAACCGAUUCAAAAAUUGUUUCUUUUGAAGUUAUCCAAGACAAGAUUGAAGUUCUUCAAAAACGGUGUAUUGAACUGGAGUAUCCACUCUUGGCCGAGUAUGACUUUAGAAACGAUUCUCACAACCCAGAUAUCAAUAUUGAUCUGAAGCCAAGCACCAUGUUACGUCCUUACCAAGAGAAGAGUCUUCGUAAAAUGUUUGGUAAUGGUCGGGCCAGGUCAGGGGUCAUUGUUUUACCCUGCGGUGCUGGCAAGACCCUAGUUGGAGUAACAGCUGCCUGUACAGUAAGAAAAAGGUGUAUAGUGUUGUGCACCUCAGGUGUUGCUGUGGAACAGUGGCGAUCUCAGUUCAAAAUGUGGUCAACUGCCAAUGACGGCAUCAUCUGUCGGUUUACUUCUGAUGCUAAGGACAAACCUAACGAUUGUUCCAUAUGUAUCAGUACUUAUUCCAUGUUGGCCCACACGAACAAAAGAUCUUGGGAAGCUGAACAGAUGAUGCAGUGGUUACAAAGCAAAGAAUGGGGCCUCAUGGUCUUGGAUGAAGUACAGACAAUCCCAGCCAAGAUGUUUCGUCGGGUCCUCAUGAUAGUACAAGCUCAUUGCAAGCUUGGUUUAACAGCUACCCUGGUACGAGAGGAUGACAAGAUUGCUGACCUUAACUUCCUUAUUGGCCCCAAAUUGUAUGAAGCCAACUGGAUGGAACUGCAGAAUAAGGGAUUCAUAGCCAAAGUCCAGUGUGCUGAGGUCUGGUGCCCCAUGACUCCAGAGUUCUAUAGAGAAUACCUCCAUACACACUCACAGAAGAGAUUGCUUCUCUACACAAUGAACCCCAACAAGUUCCAGUCCUGCCAAUUCCUAAUUCAGUUCCACGAGAGAAGGAACGACAAAAUUAUUGUCUUCUCAGACAAUGUAUUCGCCUUGAAGAACUACGCCAUUAAACUGAACAAACCUUACCUCUAUGGACCAACAUCGCAGGGAGAACGACUACAAAUUCUACAAAAUUUCCAGCACAACCCAAAAGUCAACACCAUUUUCGUCUCCAAGGUUGCAGAUACGUCAUUUGAUCUCCCAGAAGCCAAUGUUCUCAUCCAGAUUUCAGCUCAUGGUGGCUCACGACGACAGGAGGCACAGCGGUUGGGUAGAAUUUUACGAGCUAAGAAAGGAGCUGCCGCUGAAGAAUACAACGCCUACUUCUAUUCUUUGGUGUCGCAAGACACAUUGGAGAUGCAGUAUUCGAUGAAACGACAGCGGUUUUUGGUAAACCAGGGUUACAGUUACAAAGUGAUCACCAAAUUAGCCGGGAAGGAAAAGGACAAACUGGGCUAUAGCUCCAAGGAAGAACAGCUGCAACUUCUACAGAAAGUUCUGGCAGCCACUGAUGCGGAUGCUGAAGAAGAAAUUGAUGGUGUAAUGAGACCCAUGUAUAUUCGCAAAGGUGGCAGCAUGAGUUCAAUGUCUGGGGCAGAUGAUGCGUUCUAUCUUGAAUACAGCCACAGGAAAGACAACAAACACCAGCAUCCCAUCUUCAAACAUUUCCGCAAAUGAAAGGAACAAUGACUUUAUUUUUAUUCCCUUAUUUUGUAAUACCAGUAAUAUAAUUGUAUAUAAAGAUGAUGAAAAAAAUGGAAGCAAAACAGUU